UUAUUCUCCAAACAUGAAGGUUCUAAAUGAGAACUUUCUCCCUCUGCUCAAACGACUUGAUGAUUGCAUAUCGUAUGUUGAAAGCAAUCCGCAAUAUGCCGAAUCCAGUGUUUACCUACUCAAAUUUCGCCAACUGCAGUCUCGAGCCUUGGGCAUGAUUCGUUCACAUGUACUUGCAAUUCUUAAAGGUGCUUCUUCUCAGGUACAGGCAGCUAUCGGAAGCAGUGGUGGCAGCAAAGCUUCUGUUUCUGAGGGUGUAGAAGCAUCUGUUAUAUAUGUCCGUUUCAAGGCAGCAGCAAGUGAGCUUAAACCAGUGCUGGAGGAAAUUGAAAGCAGAGCAUCAAGGAAAGAAUAUACUCAGAUCCUUGCAGAAUGUCACAAGCUAUACUGCGAACAACCCCUUUCCUUGGUAAGAGGUAUAGUACAUCAAAGAAUAUCUGAAUUCGCCAAGAAAGAGGCAUUGCCAUCAUUGACUAGAUCUGGAUGUGCAUAUCUAAUGCAGGUCUGUCAGCUUGAGCACCAACUUUUUGACCACUUUUUCCCAUCUUCCGCAGAGGACUUUUCAAGUUUGGCUCCAUUGAUAGAUCCUCUGUCUACAUAUUUAUACGAUACACUACGGCCAAAGCUUAUUCAUGAAACAAUUAUUGAUUCUCUUUGCGAACUUGUUGAUAUAUUGAAAGUUGAAGUCCUAGGUGAACAGUUAAGUCGGCGGAGUGAAUCAUUAGCUGGAUUGAGGAAAAGUUUGAAGCUUUAUUGGAAAUAAGGAUUGAGGUCUCAA